AUGGCGUCCCGCAGCGCACACAAGAACACACGUCUGUCGGCGCCACUGAGGGAGGCGCAGGUCCAGGAGCGACCAGGACCGUCCAGGACGAAGGCAUGGGACACAUCUGCACACAUGGACCAGACAUCCACAUCAGAACCAUGGACCAUGGACCAGACAUCCACAUCAGAACCAUGGACCAUGGACCAGACAUCCACAUCAGAACCAUGGACCAUGGACCAGACAUCCACAUCAGAACCAUGGACCAUGGACCAGACAUCCACAUCAGAACCAUGGACCAGACAUCCACAUCAGAACCAUGGACCAUGGACCAGACAUCCACAUCAGAACCAUGGACCAUGGACCAGACAUCCACAUCAGAACCAUGGACCAUGGACCAGACAUCCACAUCAGAACCAUGGACCAUGGACCAGACAUCCACAUCAGAACCAUGGACCAGACAUCCACAUCAGAACCAUGGACCAGACAUCCACAUCAGAACCAUGGACCAUGGACCAGACAUCCACAUCAGAACCAUGGACCAGACAUCCACAUCAGAACCAUGGACCAUGGACCAGACAUCCACAUCAGAACCAUGGACCAUGGACCAGACAUCCACAUCAGAACCAUGGACCAUGGACCAGACAUCUACAUCAGAACCAUGGACCAUGGACCAGACAUCCACAUCAGAAACCAUGGACCAUGGACCAGACAUCCACAUCAGAACCAUGGACCAGACAUCCACAUCAGAACCAUGGACCAUGGACCAGACAUCCACAUCAGAACCAUGGACCAUGGACCAGACAUCCACAUCAGAACCAUGGACCAUGGACCAGACAUCCACAUCAGAACCAUGGACCAUGGACCAGACAUCCACAUCAGAACCAUGGACCAGACAUCCACAUCAGAACCAUGGACCAUGGACCAGACAUCCACAUCAGAACCAUGGACCAGACAUCCACAUCAGAACCAUGGACCAUGGACCAGACAUCCACAUCAGAACCAUGGACCAUGGACCAGACAUCCACAUCAGAACCAUGGACCAGACAACCACAUCAGAACCAUGGACCAUGGACCAGACAUCCACAUCAGAACCAUGGACCAUGGACCAGACUUCCACAUCAGAACCAUGGACCAGACUUCCACAUCAGAACCAUGGACCAUGGACCAGACAUCCACAUCAGAACCAUGGACCAUGGACCAGACAUCCACAUCAGAACCAUGGACCAUGGACCAGACAUCCACAUCAGAACCAUGGACCAUGGACCACACAUCCACAUCAGAACCAUGGACCAUGGACCAGACAUCCACAUCAGAACCAUGGACCAAGGACCAGACAUCCACAUCAGAACCAUGGACCAUGGACCAGACAUCCACAUCAGAACCAUGGACCAAGGACCAGACAUCCACAUCAGAACCAUGGACCAUGGACCAGACAUCCACAUCAGAACCAUGGACCAUGGACCAGACAUACACAUCAGAACCAUGGACCAAGGACCAGACAUCCACAUCAGAACCAUGGACCAAGGACCAGACAUCCACAUCAGAACCAUGGACCAGACAUCCACAUCAGAACCAUGGACCAUGGACCAGACAUCCACAUCAGAACCAUGGACCAGACAUCCACAUCAGAACCAUGGACCAUGGACCAGACAUCCACAUCAGAACCAUGGACCAGACAUCCACAUCAGAACCAUGGACCAGACAUCCAGAUCAGAACCAUGGACCAUGGACCAGACAUCCACAUCAGAACCAUGGACCAUGGACCAGACAUCCACAUCAGAACCAUGGACCAUGGACCAGACAUCCACAUCAGAACCAUGGACCAUGGACCAGACAUCCACAUCAGAACCAUGGACCAUGGACCAGACAUCCACAUCAGAACCAUGGACCAUGGACCAGACAUCCAGAUCAGAACCAUGGACCAUGGACCAGACAUCCACAUCAGAACCAUGGACCAGACAUCCACAUCAGAACCAUGGACCAUGGACCAGACAUCCACAUCAGAACCAUGGACCAUGGACCAGACAUCCACAUCAGAACCAUGGACCAGACAUCCACAUCAGAACCAUGGACCAUGGACCAGACAUCCACAUCAGAACCAUGGACCAAGGACCAGACAUCCACAUCAGAACCAUGGACCAUGGACCAGACAUCCACAUCAGAACCAUGGACCAAGGACCAGACAUCCACAUCAGAACCAUGGACCAUGGACCAGACAUCCACAUCAGAACCAUGGACCAAGGACCAGACAUCCACAUCAGAACCAUGGACCAUGGACCAGACAUCCACAUCAGAACCAUGGACCAUGGACCAGACAUCCACAUCAGAAGAACCAUGGACCAGACAUCCACAUCAGAACCAUGGACCAUGGACCAGACAUCCACAUCAGAACCAUGGACCAUGGACCAGACAUCCACAUCAGAACCAUGGACCAUGGACCAGACAUCCACAUCAGAACCAUGGACCAUGGACCAGACAUCCACAUCAGAACCAUGGACCAGACAACAACCACAUCAGAACCAUGGACCAUGGACCAGACAUCCACAUCAGAACCAUGGACCAUGGACCAGACAUCCAGAUCAGAACCAUGGACCAUGGACCAGACAUCCACAUCAGAACCAUGGACCAGACAUCCACAUCAGAACCAUGGACCAAGGACCAGACAUCCACAUCAGAACCAUGGACCAUGGACCAGACAUCCACAUCAGAACCAUGGACCAAGGACCAGACAUCCACAUCAGAACCAUGGACCAGACAUCCACAUCAGAACCAUGGACCAUGGACCAGACAUCCACAUCAGAACCAUGGACCAUGGACCAGACAUCCACAUCAGAACCAUGGACCAGACAUCCACAUCAGAACCAUGGACCAGACAUCCACAUCAGAACCAUGGACCAAGGACCAGACAUCCACAUCAGAACCAUGGACCAUGGACCAGACAUCCACAUCAGAACCAUGGACCAAGGACCAGACAUCCACAUCAGAACCAUGGACCAUGGACCAGACAUCCACAUCAGAACCAUGGACCAUGGACCAGACAUCCACAUCAGAACCAUGGACCAUGAACCAUGGACCAUAGUUCUCUCUGAAACAGCUUUGAUUAGAACUGAUCAGACCAAAUCCAACCAAACGUCUGCUGCUUCAUUCAGUCCUGGAGAAGGGUUCUGCAGCAGCACACAUGGUACCUACAGCCCACCUGGUACUUAA